AUUAAUCCCUCUUUAAAUAGAAGUAAUUAGUUGACGUGUCUGUACAAAGAUUUGAACACAUAUUAUUACUCAAAAAAAGAUAUGAUGAAGUUUCGGGUGAACCUGAGAGGAUUCAUGGCAACGCGUUAUCCUCUAACGCUGGUGAUGCGAUCAGUAACUCGUACAGCUUCAUUUUCUUCUUCUUCUCGUGCUAAAUGGGAAUGUGGGAUUUCCAUGGUGCAGGGUGCUUCCAGAGGAAUAGGCCUUGAAUUCGUUAAACAACUGCUUGAGAAGGAUGAUAAAGGUCAUGUUGUUGCUACUUGUCGUAAUCCUAGUCGAGCAAAAGGGCUUCAUGAUCUACAAAACAAGUUUGCAGAACGCCUUAGUAUUCUGCCGCUGGAUGUGACUGUUGAAAGCACCAUUGAGGAGUCUGCAAAAUCUAUCAGAGAAAAAUAUGGCUCUUUAAACCUUCUGAUAAACGCAUCUGGGAUUUUGUCAAUACCUGAUGUACUGCAACCAGAAACAACACUGAGCAAGGUUCAAAAGUCAUCAUUGCUGUUUGCUUACGAGGUUAAUGCUGUGGGUCCUAUUCUAGUGAUCAAGCAUAUGUGGCCUCUUCUGAAGAUUGGAGGCGGCUCUGGGACAGAAAGGGAUGUUGCAGUUAUUGCCAAUUUAAGUGCUAGGGUGGGAUCCAUUGGGGAUAAUCGCCUUGGGGGUUGGCAUUCUUAUCGUGCUUCAAAGACUGCGCUAAAUCAGUUGACAAAAACCAUAUCUGUUGAGCUAGAAAGGAAGAAGGAUCCUAUUGCAUGCAUUUUGCUGCAUCCGGGCACGGUGGACACAGAUCUCUCUAGGCCAUUUCAGAGGAAUGUUGCAAAAGACAAGCUUUUCACAAAAGAAUUCUCAGCACAGAAGCUCUUACACAUAAUCAACAAUGUAAAGAGCAGCGACAACGGGAAGUUUUUUGCUUGGGAUGGUCAAGAAAUUCCUUGGUAAUGAGAGUAGAAACUUAAAGCUUAAAGCUUGUGUAGUUUUCUGUUUGAUUGAAGCUCCAUUUCUUAUUUGUUAAUUACGAGAUACACGGAUCAAAUCGUUGAUUUAUAUUUUUAAGGCAAAAUAAUUAAUAAUCUUUGUAGA